GGACGCCGCGAUUGGCUGGUAGUGACCUUCAGGACCCAGCUGCUGAACUAGAGUUAGUGCCCAAGCGGGUAAGGCCUCAAAGUGAUAGCCUUGCUAUCCUACUGUCUCUUGUCCUUCUGUCUUCUUUGCUUCUCUGAUUUUUCUCUCUCCUACUUUGACUCCUUGUGACCAUCACUCUUUUUCCAUCUGCUUUGUGUUGAAUCCCUGAUUCCACAAAGCUCAGCCAACCUUACCGCCCAAUUCCACAUCACCAAACCCAACAAACAAUGAACAAUCGCAGUUCCCCUUGAUUUGACCCCGAGACCUCAAGGCCCAAUGGCACCGACACCCUACUAUACGAGAGACACCCCAGCCUUCACCGGUUUCCAGCCUGAACCUGCUGGACGAGGGACAAAGGGAAUCAUCUGGACCUGCCUCAGCACCAUUCUGCUUUCAUCCUGGAGCUCAUAUCACAGCGAUGGCUAUAAUCCAAACGAACCUUUCAUGGAGGAGGCUGCAAUGUCAUACUUUUUGAAAUUCACAUUUGCAUUCCUCUUCCCUGAGGUGGCAGCAUGUCUUAGUUUGGGUAGUCUUUAUGAUGCCCUGCUACUUCGAAAAACAAUACGACAAGUGGGAGGAGCAGAAUUUGCCAACUUCAGCUUGAAACAAGCCUUUGUUUUCGUCAUGGAAAGCGUAUAUCAAAGGCCGCACAGCUCGGAAGAGACGAAGGGCAUAAGUCCAGAGACGCUUGUCGAGCUUGUGAGCAGCGGCAAGUUGGCUUUCUCGGGCUUGCCAACAGAUGACGAAAUUGCCGAUAAGUCUAAGCGUGACUGGACGUUCAAAUCACUCUCCAUAAUGCAGACAUUAUGGUUCAUCGCCAGCAUGAUUGCCCGCUUGUCCCGAGGGUACCCUGUGUCUCUAUAUGAGGACAUCACUGUGGCAAAUGCUAUCUGUGGCGUCAUUGAGUUUUCGUGCUGGUUCCAUUGCCCCCAGGACAUCCGUUUGCCUUUUAUUGUUGAGCUGGAUAUCUCUAGGGCAGCAAACGGUCCAUCAACGGCAGUUGAGAGCGAGAAACCUGAAGGAGAAGCAACAGUUGAGGCAUCAUUACUUGUUUCCGAGCCCGUGACAACAGAAUAUGAAGCCUCGUCUGCACCUCAGUUGCCUUUACUCAAGGACAUUAGCACGGAUAGGCCGAACAGAGAAUUGCCAAGCAGCGAACAUCCCCUUGUUACCCAAAAGACGAAGAACCGUCGGGCUUCAUUUGUAACGCAACCCGCCAACUUCCGGGGGGCACCAGACAAGGUGAUGGUGGUUGUCUUCGCAGUCUUCUCGGUCUUGUUUUCCGGCAUCCACAUAGCUGCGUGGAACUACGAUUUCCCAUCAAAUGCAGAGACAUGGAUUUGGCGAGGCAGUUCAGUUGCACUCACAGUAUUGGGUCUCUGCAUGUGCUUCAUCUUUCUAAUAGAAAGCAUAGAAACAGGUGAUUCGCUGGAGACGAAAGAGGAGUAUAUUUUGCUCAUCGUGUUUACGCUAUAUGCUUUAGUCCGCACCAUGAUGCUGGGUAUAGCACUCGCGUCUUUCCGAAAGGUACCCACAAAGAUGUAUGAAACUCCGUCGUGGACACAGUAUUGGCCGCAUAUAUGAUGCGUUGAAAGAGACACAGCCAGAGGUGCUCGAAACAUGAGGGAUGGCGAUCCUCGAAGUAAUGAAAACGACAACGAAAAAUGAAGUUGGAGAAUGAGAAAGAUGGAAGUGGGUAGGAUAUGCAGUCCUGGUGGAGGUGGAAGGGCGACGACAACCUAAAACCGGGCUCGAAUCUAAAGUGGAAUUGGUAGCGGAGGAGGAGAAGGAUCACCAGGGCAGCCUGGAGAUACAGGG